UGGCGCAUGCGCAACUUUGAUAUUUCGAGCGAGCAGAAUAGCUUAGGAAGCUGAGUAAUUUGUCUCCUUUCUCACAAAAGAUCGCCUUAUAGUUAUACAAUAUGGGUGUCGAGGUUAACGUUACUAAACCAGGGGAUGGUAAGACAUUCCCCCAGAAAGGACAGACUGUUUCAGUUCACUACACUGGAACACUGACAAAUGGGGAAAAGUUUGAUUCCUCCAAAGAUCGUGGGAAACCAUUUGAAUUCAAGAUUGGAGCAGGCCAGGUCAUCAAAGCAUGGGAUGAAGGGGUAGCCCAGAUGAGUGUUGGAACCACAGCGAUUUUGACAUGCUCCCCGGAUUAUGCCUACGGAGCGAGGGGAUACCCCCCAGUGAUCCCACCCAAUUCAACGCUGAUCUUUGAAGUGGAGCUGCUGCAGCUGCGAUAAGAAGACAAGACAGACGAUCACAUGUUCAUCUGCGAGAGUGUUCUUACCUAGAUUUAGUCUUGUCUUUUCUUUUCACUUUGAUUGUACUUUAUAAACUAUGUAUCAGGGUCUAAACUACAUGUGACAAUCAUCUUGGAUUGAAACAAACCACUUUUUUAAACUGCUCAAUGACUUGGUACAUGUAUCCAUUGUUAUUGUUAUGGAAGAAGGUUAGAAUAUCAAGUAACAGGGUGUUGCGUUAUUUGCCUAUGACAGAUAAACUUGAAAUGUAAAUCAACUCAAAUGAAUCAGAAUUGAACAGUUUUCAACAAAGAAAUGGAAAUGAUUUUAUAAACUAAAAUGUAAUGAAAAAUAAUUUGAGAGUCAGUUACGAAAAUACAAAUUUUUCUUGAUUCAUGUGUAAGAAAAUGGAAAGAACAAGAAAUUAAUUAACAAGGAAUUUAACCUAGCACCCUCCAGUUCCAAAACCAUUGCUGGCCGAUAGCAAUGCUGAUGGCAAGAAUUAAUGGGACAGAUUAGGCCUCAUAGUCCAUAUUGGAUUACAUACUUUAAAAAAAAUAAAAUACAUAUAUGCAGAAUACACUUGACAGCUACUGUUCUUGUACAUUUAUCUCUUUUAUUAUGUGUAAUAUGUGUAAGGAAAUUAUACAAUCUGCAAGGGUUUUAUAUUGUGUUGCAUGCUUUUUUAGAAGAAAUUAUUGAUGAUAUGACAGUGAAAUUAAUUGUAUUGGUUAGAGAGACUUCAUGUAGUUUAUUCAAUUCAGUCAUUUUCAUACAUGUCUGCACUCCAAAAUACAUGAUAGACUUUGAUGUACAUGUACAUGUACAAUAUAUGCACAGAUGUACCUAAAUUUGUAGAUUCAGAAUAGGGCAUGAUUAUUUUUCCUUUGUAUGGUCGUGUAUGUGUGAUAUGAUCUAUCAAGGCAGUUUGAUACCAUUACCCUCCGUAGUGCAUUAAUAACCAAUGUAUUGCUCCUUUGUACGACCAUGUAUGUGUGAUGUACCAAUGAUGCAGUUUAAUACCCCACGUAGUGCAUUAAUGACUCGAUCACAAUUACAAUACAUAGAGAGACCUACAUAUACGAGGCCACUGCUUUUUAGUUCUAUGGCUUUAGACAAAGCAGGAAAUUGUUUGCAUGAAGCAUCGUUAUCUUCUAUUAAAGAUUAAAAGUGUUUUUUUGUAACAGGA